AUGUCGGCCACCGACAACUCCGCACGCCGCUCCGUGCCGGACGUCGAGCAGAUCGCCGCCAAGCUCGCAGACAACUCAAUAGACGCAAAGGCGAGGCUAGCCACCGCCUUCGAGCUCAAGGAACUCCUCGACCUCUUCCAGAACAUCGACUACGCCCUCUUCCUCAAGCACGUCAUCCCCGCCUACAUCUCCCUCCUCGACGCAACACCAUGCAGCUUCAUCGCAGACGCGCCCGAGCAGCGCCUCCGCCACAUCGUCCUCGAAACAACACAUCGCAUGCCCCAGCACGACGUAUUCAAACCCUAUGCAGACCCCCUCAUGACCGCCAUGCUCAACGUCCUCCGCGACGACAACGAGGACAAUGCCGUGCUCGCCCUCAAAGUCAUCAUCGACCUCCAUCGCUCCUUCAAAGCUGUCCUCCAGGAUCAGGUACAGCCCUUCCUCGAACUCGUCAAGAAGCUCUACGCCAACAUGAAGAACACCGUAGAGCAGGCCUUUGAGUCCGAAGCUUCCCAGCUCACUGCCCCUGCUUCCACUGCUGCUGCUCCCACUGCCCCCGCUGCCACCACACCCGCCGUCUCGGACACCACCACCACCACCACCACUACAACCGCCACGGACACCACCGCCGCCGCUCCAGCUGCCUCUUCCACAGCGCAGCCCGCUGCCACUGCCACGGCCGCCUCCGACGCCGCAGCCUCCACAUCCACCCCGACCGCUUCGGCUUCCACCACCCCUGCAGCCACAUCCGCCACACCAGCCACACCAGCCGCACCCGCCUCCAAGCCGCUCCCAAAGUCCAUGUCCAGCUUCAAGGUGCUCACAGAAUGUCCCAUCGUCAUCGUCCUCAUAUUCCAGAGCUACCGCACCGUAGUCCCGCAGGCCAUCAACGUCUUUGUGCCCCUCAUCAUCGAGAGCUGCCUCUCGCUACAGGCAAAGCCACAGCGCGAGGCUCACCAAGCCGCAAGCGCAAACGGCGAGAUCUUUGUCGGCGUGGCUCCCGCCAUCAAGAACAGAUCGCUCUACACCGACAUGAUCGUAGCCCAGGUCAAGACCAUGUCCUUCCUCGCCUACGUCCUCCGAGGCUCCGCUCCCGUCAUGCGGCCCUUUGCCCACGUCCUCCCCGAGAUCAGCGUCCGCCUCCUCAAGGACUGUCCACCCGAGGCCUCCGCAACCCGCAAGGAGCUCCUCGUCGCCACCCGCCACGUCCUCUCCACCGAGUACCGCGCCCACUUUGUCGGUCAGAUCGACACCCUCCUCGACGAACGCGUCCUCAUCGGCACCGGCGUCACCUCGCACGAGACACAGAGGCCACUCGCCAUCAGCAUGCUCGCCGACCUCGUACACCACGUCCGCCAGGAGCUUUCGCCCCAACAGCUCGUCCGUGUCGUCCACAUCCACUCCCAGAUCCUGCACGACCCCACGCUCGCUCCCAGCAUCCAAACCAUGUGCGUCAAGCUCCUCCUCAACCUCGUCGAGACCAUCCUCACAAAACACCCCGACGGCGCCACUCAGACGCUCGCUUCCAUCCUCGACGUCUUUGUCGAGAAGCUCGCCAGCUUGCAUCGCAUGCGAGCCGACAUGGACCGCCUGCGUCAGAUCAAAGAUCAACACCAGCAGCACCACGCCGACGCAGUCGACACAACCGACAAGCUCGCCGUCGAUGCAGUCACCAUCGAGCGCGGCAAGCCCAUCCAGGCGGCCGCCAUCAUGCUCGACGUCGCAGGCGAUCCGCUCAAGGACGCUCGCUUCCUCUUUCGCAACAUCCUCUUUGGCUUCAAGACGCUCAUCCCCGUCCUUCGCCAUCGCAAUGCCGCGCAUCCCGACGGCGCCACCGCAGGAAGGCUGCUCGUCGACGGCGUCAAGUGCUGGUCCCUCCACGAGGACCGCGAGGGCAGGGAGGAAAAAGAGGUGCUCGACCUCUUCACCACCGUCUUCAUCGACCUCGAGCCACAGGUCUUCCACGAGAUCUUCACCGCCCACAUGCCCUUCCUCUUCCAGGAGAUGCUCAACUCGCCCACCCUCCUCGGCAUCCCGCAGAACCUCCUCAGCAACGACGCCGUCUCCAAGCGCUUCGUCGGCAUCCUCCUCCGCUUCCUCGUCGACAGGCUCGAGGAGCUCGGCAAGUCGGACAAGAAGCACGCCUCCAUCAGCCUGCGCCUCUUCAAGAUGGCCUUCAUGGCCGUCACCAUCUUCCCAGAGGAGAACGAGGUGGUGCUCCAGCCCCACCUCAGCCAUCUCAUCAUGGAGUCCAUGAAGCUCGCCAGCAAGGCCGACGAGCCCACCAACUACUUUCUCCUCCUCCGCGCUCUCUUCCGCAGCAUCGGCGGCGGCCGGUUCGAGCUCCUCUACAAGGACGUCCUGCCGCUCCUCCCCGUCCUGCUCGAGAACCUCAAUGCGCUCCUCAACGCUGCAGAGCCCAGCCGACGCGAGGUGUUUGUCGAUCUUUGCCUCACCGUGCCCGUCCGCCUCAGCGUGCUUCUGCCCUACCUCGGCUAUCUCAUGAAGCCGCUCGUGCUCGCGCUCCAGUCCUCCACCGAGCUCGUCAGCCAGGGCCUCCGCACCCUCGAACUCUGCAUCGACAACCUCACCCAGGAAUUCCUCGACCCCAUCAUGGCGCCCUACGCACAGGACAUCAUGGCCGCGCUCUGGCAGCAUCUCCAGCCCCUCCCGCACAACCACCAGCACUCCCACACCACCAUGCGCAUCCUCGGCAAGAUGGGCGGCCGCAACCGCAAGCUCCUCCAGAAUCCGCCCCGGCUCGCCUACGUCUCGCACAAGCCACCCACCUUCCCCAUCCAUCUCGACGGCAAGUCGCAGUCCAUGACGCUCACCCCCGUCACCGAGCUCGCGCUCGCCAACAUCCGUCGCACCGACCCGUACUAUCGCAAGCACGCCUUCGAGCUGCUCCGCCACACCGCCGCGCUCUUCCUCGACGGCUCCCUCAUGGAUGCCGACCGCGAGGCGGUGUUUGGCAAGCUCAUCAAGGGGCUCUUUGACGCCACGCGCGCCGACGACCUCAGGGACGAGGCGGUGCAGUACCUGUUUGGCAUCUGCAAGCACGUCUUCCACGCCGAGAUCAAGCGCGACAUGCCCUCCUCCUCCUCCGGCGGUUCGAGCCGUCAUCUGUGGCCCAUGACCACCUCGCUGCUCGAGGGGCUCACCAACGCACUCGCGCUCAACGAGGUGGGCAACGACCCGGCGCCGCUCAUCGAGUUGGAGCUGCAGAUCAUCCGCGAGUUCCUCGCCGCGUGCGAAAAGGCGCCCGCCACGCGUCCCGACCUCGGCCACAUCGUCAUGCACUCGUUCGCCAGCAAGUUCUGCUCCCAGUGCUACGAGCAGCUGUGGCAGCGCAAGACCGGCGGCUGGCUCGGCGUCAACAUGCUCGUGCGCCGCGCCGACCUCGGCCAGGUCUGGGUGCGCGACCAUCAGCUCGAGAUCGUCCGUGCGCUGCUCUUCAUGCUCAAGGACAUGCCCAACGACCCACCCGGCAACAUCGACGAGGUCAGCGACACGCUCCUCCAGGUCAUCCGUCAGGCGUACACCACCAACGCGCCCGCCGAGGGCAAGGCGGAGCCGCCCGUUCCCGAGCGGCCCAGCCACCUCACCUACCUCAUCGGCAUCCUGGUGCCCGAGCUGUCCAGCUCCAACGCCACCGUCCGCACCACCACCCAGACCGCGUUCAAGCUGCUCGCAGAGCUGCGCAAGUGCACCGUCACCGAGCUGCUCACCACGCAAAAGGAACGCCUGCUCCAGCCCAUCUUCACCAAGCCGCUGCGCGCGCUGCCCUUCGGCAUGCAGAUCGGACACAUCGACGCCAUCACCUUUGCACUCAACCUCACGCCGCCGCUGCCCGAGUUCAACGAGGAGCUCUACCGCGUCCUCACCGAGGCGCUUGCGCUCGCCGACGCCGACGACCAGGCGCUCAUCGGCAGGACCUCGCAGUACAAGAACAUGAUCGCCGUCACCAAGCUUCGGGUGGUUGCCAUCCGGCUGCUCUCGUCGGCCAUGGCAUGCGGCGACUUCCUCUCGGCCAAGCACACGCAGAUGCGCAUGAAGAUCAUCUCGGUCUACUUCAAGAGUCUCUACUCGAGGAGCGAGGAGGUGGUGCAGGUCGCGUACGAGUCGCUCAAGACGGUGCUCAGCCAGCAGAGCAAGCUGCCCAAGGACCUGCUGCAGAGCGGCCUCAGGCCCAUCCUCAUGACGCUCGCCGACCGCAACAGGCUCACGGCGUCCGGACUCGAGGGAUUGGCGCGCCUGCUGCAGCUGCUCACCAACUACUUCAAGGUCGAGAUCGGCACCAAGCUGCUCGACCAUCUCACCAGCCUCGCCGAGCCCGCAGUGCUCCUCAGGGCCGCCGCAGGCUCGCUGCGCGACAACGAGCAGAUCAAGACGCUCGUCGCCAUCGUCAACGUCUUCCGCCUCCUGCCCGAGGCGUCGUUCCAGUUCCUUCCCAGGCUGACCACGACGGUGGCCGAGAUCGAGUCGCAGCUGCGCCGUGCGGGCGCAACGCCCUUCACCAAGCCGCUCACGCUCUUCCUCAACCGCUUCGCCGAAAAGGCGGUGACGUACUUCUUCGAGGGCGACAAGCUGAGCAACCCCAAGUUCCUGCGCGUCGUCAAGCUCUCCCUCGCCUCGGAUGACGGGCCGGAGCUGAGGGAGCAGGUGACGGGCUCGCGCGACAAGUUCCUCUUCCCGCUCUUCGCAGAGGGCGCCACGGCGGCACAGGUGCAGGCAGGCGUCACCAUCGUCCAGCAGAUGGUCGAGCGCGACCCCAAGUGGCUCAUCACCAACAAGGACGUCUUCGAGAAGCUCAUCGCGCUCUGGAACAGCGACGCCAGCAAGACGCGCCGACGCGACGAGGCCAACAGCAGCACCGUCAAGGCCGUCACCGCUUCGGACCAGUCGGCCGCCGCCGCCGCGUCGUCAGCCGCAGUGACGCGCAGCGUCAGCGAGACCAAGCAGCUCAUCCAGCUCUUCCUCUCGUAUCUGCGCAUCGAGCCGCACGUCGAGGCCUACAUCGCCCUGCUCGACGCCUACACCUACAAGAUCGCCUUUGACCUCACGUUCGCCACGCGAUUCAUCUACGACCAUCUGUGCAUCAAGGCGUCCAACUCGUUCAAGAGGCAGAUGUACUCGCGCUUCCUCGAGCUCUUUGAGGACAAGGACGCGAGCCAGAUGCUCAAGACGCAGGCGCUGCGUGUGCUUGUCAAUCCCAUGCUUCUCGCAUCGUACGGGCCGCACCCGACCAGCACGCCGCCCGCGUCGCCCAAGGUGGCCGAGUCCACCGUGGUGGUCACCGACAAGCCGGCCGCCGCAUCUUUGUCGAGCUCGGAAGCGGAGAAGCCAAAGUCUGCCGACAAGGACGGCGACGAGGAGAUGAAGGAUGCAGAGUCGGGCGACAAGAGAGACGAGGUCCCUGCCGCCGACGCUGCCUCCAAGGCUGAGGUCAAGGGCGCUUCUUCCGCUGACCCCGCAACGGCGGCGACAUCGACCGCCGACGCGGACAAGGACAAGGCCACCGAGCCGAAGGAUGCAGCCGACCAGCCCGCUGCUGCCGCAUCCGACCCUGUGCCCGACGUCGCCGAAGUGAUCGAUACCGAGCUCGUGACGCAGAUCGUCAACCGCCUGUGGAAGCCGUUCCAGAACCCCAAGGUGGCCAACGAGCUGUGCUCGGACGACGCGCUGCGCAUCGAGCUGCUGCACAUGUCGACCAUGAUCCUCGAGCAUUGCUCGAACCACCUCGCGCCCAACGGCCAGCUCAAGAAGGACACGAUCAAGUUCGGCUGGGCCAACCUCACCGCCGAGGACGUCACGGUCAAGAACGUGGCGUACAUCUUCAUCGCGCGCUUCCUCGAAGUCUUCGAGAGCCCCAUCAAGAUCGUCGGCCAGGUCUACUUUGGUCUGCUGCGUGCGCAUCAGUCCGAGGGCCGCAGCAUGGUCAAGAAGGCGCUGGACAUUCUGGUGCCUGCACUGCCAAAGCGCGCGGGCGCAAGCGAGAACGGCCAGCCUCCGCAGUGGGCCAAGUGGACCAAGAGGCAGCUGGUGGACGAGGGCCACAACGUCAGCCAGCUCUUUGCCAUCUUGAGCCUGCUCGUGCGACACGCAGACCUCUUCUACAGCAGCCGCGAGAUGUUUGUCCCGCACAUCGUCAGCAACCUGACCAAGCUUGGUCUGGUGGCCAAUGUCAACGUCGAGUCGAGGAUCCUCGCCGUCGACCUCGUCGAGCUGCUGUACAAGUGGGAGAAGCGCCGCCAGGAGCAUGUCGAGGCGCAGAAGAAGUCGGCGGAUGGCGAGGCCAAGGACAAAGACGCAGCCUCCGAAGGCGAGGCGCCCGCAAGCAGCGGCAAGCGUAGCGCUGAUGCUCCCGAGGAGACAUCGGCGGUGAAAAAGGUUCGCAUCGACGAAAGCGGCAUUUCGGCUGCCGCCUCGGGCACUUCCAAGGGCGCCGCACCAGCCGCUGCCACGACCAGCGUUUCUGCAGCUGCCCCAGCACCAGGUGCCUCUGGCGACGCCACUGGCGUCACGCUGACGGAUGCCGACCACGAGUACCUCAUCCCGAUGAAUCUGCGCGAGAUGACGGUCGGCUUCCUGGUGCGCUUCGUGUCGCUGUCGAUGGAGCCCAUCUCGAAGGCAGGCAUCGUGUCCAAGGCGGCCACGCUCCUGGCCGAGGUGCUCAAGGCGCCCUACUGGUCGGACGUGCAAGUGCGCCUGUCCAUCUUCCAGCGCCCGCUCAUCCACACCGACAUCAACGAGCAGAACACGCCCGUCAUCUGCAACGCGCUGCGCACGCUCGAAAUCGUGGUGGCCGACAAGACGGACGCGUACAUCGCGCCGCACGUGCCGCAGCUGCAGAAGCUGCUCGAGAAGAGCGCGGCCACCGACGAGGUCUCGCUCGUCGAGGCGCAGAAGCCCGUGCUCGAGCGCAUCUUCCGCGUGAUCCCCGACCCGCCGCCCGAGGAGGACGCCGACGGCGAAGCCGACAUGGACACGGGUGACGACAAGAAGCCCGACGGCGACGACGCCACCGCCAAGGAGUCCAAAGAGGGCGAGGCGACCGACGAGCUCGCGGCGUUCAGGAAGUUUGCGGACAACCUGAUCGCCGACGGCCUCAAGCAGAGCCAGCACCUGUACAGCGUGUUCAGCAUGCUCGACGCCUGGAGUCAGAGCAAGCCGGAGAAGAUCGACGCGCACCUGCCCGCGUUGAGCAAGGCGCUCAGCAAGCUCACCAAGGAGCAUCUGGCCGCAACGGAGCCCGUGCCAGCGGGCAACACGAAUCUGAAGCUGCUCAUGCUCGUGCUUGAGCUGCUCAAGCGCCGCAUCUCGAACCUGGGCGACCAGAGGAGGUGGCUGCUGUCGGCCCUCGUGCAGCUGGUGGAGCGAUCAUCGUCGAUCGAACUCUGCCGCUUCCUGCUCAACACCAUGUCCAAGUGGAUCCUCGAGCAGCGCGAGACGUUCCCCACGGUCAAGGAGAAGGCGGGCAUCCUGCUCAAGAUGAUGUCGUUCGAGUCGCGCGACAACGACCAGCUGCUGCGCGACUAUCUCGACCUCAUCCACGCCAUCUAUACGACGCCGGCAUUUGCGCGCACCGAGCUCACGGUUCGGCUCGAGAACGCCUUCCUGCUCGGCUGCAGGCACAAGGACGCACAGGUGCGCAAGAAGUUCAUCGACAUCUUUGACCGCACGCUCGUGCGCGGCGUGGCGGGGCGUCUGCAGUACCUGCUCGGCCACCAGAGCUGGGAGUAUCUGGCGGAGCACUACUGGGUCUGCCAGGUGCUCGACCUCAUGCUCGGCUCCGUAGAUGCCAACUGGCCGCUGCUCGCACACAGCUCGGCGCAGCUCGGCAAGGGCGGCAGCAGCUUUGUCUCGACGCUCAAGAGUCUGCAGGUGGGCGACAUCAUCGCGUCGAUCCGCGCUCUGCUGUACACGGACAAGGAGCUGGCGCACCAGAUCUGGGUGUCGUUCUUUGCGGCCGCCUGGCGUUCCAUGAUGCGCAAGGACCACGACGACAUCACGCGCGCGCUCAUCGGCGUGCUCACGCGCGAGUACAACCUGCGCCAGGUGAGCAAGCGGCCCAACGUGGUGCAGACGCUGCUCGAGGGCGCGCUGGCGUGCAAGCCGCAGCUCGAGCUGCCGCCGCACGUCGUCAAGUACCUCGGCCGCAACUUCAACGCGUGGCAUACGGCCAUCGAGAUUCUGCAGAACCUGCUGCGCUCGCUGCCGCGCCACGACGAUGCCAUCCGCGAGGCGGGCCAGGACGCGCUGGCGGAGCUGUACGCCGAGCUGUCGGAGGAGGACAUGUUCUACGGCCUGUGGAGGAGGAGGUGCGUGUACGCCGAGACCAACAGCGCCAUCUCGUUCGAGCAGAUCGGCAUGUGGAACCACGCCCAGGUGCAGUACGAGACGGCGCAGAUCAAGGCGCGCUCGGGCGUGCUCAACUUUACCGAGGCCGAGUACCAUCUGUGGGAGGAUCAGUGGGUGUUCUGUGCGCAGAAGCUGCAGCAGUGGGACAUCCUCACCGACCUCGCCAAGAUGGAGGGCGACAACGAUCUGCUGCUCGAGUGCGCCUGGCGGCUGUACGACUGGACGACGGAGCGCGAGACGCUCGAACAGGCGCUCGAGAGCCUGUCGGCGAGUGCGACGCCGAGGAGGCGCGUCUUCGAGGCGUACAUGGCGCUGCUCAAGAGCCAGUCGGGUCAGGACAAGCCGGCCGAGUUCGGGCGGAUCUGCGACGAGGCGAUCCAGCUGACGCUCAAGAAGUGGCACUCGCUGCCUGCGGCCGUCACGGUGGCCCACGUGCCGCUGCUCCAGAUCUUCCAGCAGUUCGUCGAGCUGCAGGAGGCCAGCACGAUCUUUGCGAGCCUGGCGCACACCAAUGCCACGAAUCUGGACCAGCGAUCCGCGGAGCUCAAGGCGCAGAUGCAGACGUGGCGCGAGCGCCUGCCCAACCUGUGGGACGACAUCAAUGCGUGGUCGGACCUGGUCGCCUGGCGACAGCACGUGUUCGGCGCGAUCAACAAGGCGUAUCUGCCGCUCGUGCCCGUCAUCCAGCAGCGCGACGGGCAGAAUGCGUCGACCAACUCGUACGCCUACCGCGGCUACCACGAGACGGCGUGGAUCAUCAACCGGUUCGCGCACGUGGCGCGGAAGCACUACCUCAACGACGUGUGCAUCUCGUCGCUCACCAAGAUCUACACGCUGCCCAACAUCGAGAUCCAGGAGGCGUUCCUCAAGCUGCGCGAGCAGGCCAAGUGCCACUUCCAGAACCCGAACGAGCUCACGCAGGGCCUCGACGUCAUCAACAACACCAACCUCAUGUUCUUCGCCGCGCCGCAGAAGGCCGAGUUCUUCACGCUCAAGGGCAUGUUCAUGGCGCGCCUCGGGCUCAACGACGAGGCGAACCACGCCUUUGCCACCGCCAUCCAGAUGGACCUCAACCUCGCCAAGGCGUGGACCGAGUGGGGCCGCUACAACGACCGCCUCUUCCGCGACCGGCCGACGGAGCUCGCGGCGGCAGGCAACGCCGUCAGCUGCUACCUCCAGGCCGCCGGGCUGUACAAGAACGCCAAGGUGCGCAAGGUGCUCAUCCGCGUGCUCUGGCUGCUCUCGUGCGACGACAGCAAGGGUACCGUCUGGCAGGCGUUCGAGGGCUUCAAGGGCGACGCGCCCAUCUGGUACUGGAUCACCUUCAUCCCCCAGCUGCUGCAGAGCCUCAGUCACAAGGAGGCCAGGUUCGCGCGCAAGAUGCUCAUGUCGAUCGCAAAGACGUUCCCGCAGUCGCUCUACUUCUACCUGCGCACCACCAAGGAGGACUUUGUGACGAUGAAGCGCCAGUCGCUCAUCGCUGCGCAGCGUGCCGCGCAGGCGCAGGCUCGACAGCAGGCUGCGGCUGCGGCGGCUGCGGCUGCUGCCAACGGCAAGCCCGCCACGGGCACCGACGCCGCCAAGCCGCCGGGCUCCGAGGGCCAGACGCCAGGCAGUCCCACCAAGGCGGACGGCGCGGCAACCGCUCCUGCCAACGGCGCCGAUGCUUCCGGAAAGGCUGCUGCGCCGGGUGCAACGCCUGCGGCUGCGGGCGCGCCUGCCACGCCGGCGGCACCGGGAGCCGCGGGGGCACCGGGCGCUGCCGCUGCUGCCGCAGCCGCCAACGUGCCGCGCCAGCCGUGGGAGUACGUGGACGAGAUCCUCAACAUCCUCAAGACGGCGUUCCCGCUGCUGACGCUGACCAUGGAGAACAUUGCCGAGCAGAUCCAGCAGCGGUUCAAGCCGACGAACGAGGAGGACAUCUACCGACUGACGAACGCGCUGCUCAACGAUGCGCUGCAGCAGUACAUCCAGCGAGCGGUGUCGCCCAACGACUCUGGGGUGCUUCCGGCGUCGUCGCAGGCCAACGUGAUCCGGUUUGCCGAGAACCUGCCCCCGGGUCCGCUCAAGACGUCGUUCGAGGAGGACUUUGUCAAGAGCAAGCCGACGCUGCGCGACUAUGUGAGCAAGCUGCAGCGGUGGCGCGACCGGUACGAGACGAGUCUGGACCGGCGCCCGAGCAAGCAGCAUCUGGAGCACUGCAGCCACUAUCUGGUGGAGUUCCAGCACCAGAAGUUCGACGAGGUCGAGGUGCCCGGUCAGUACCUCAAGCUGGAGGACAACAAUUCGGACUUUGUCAAGAUCGCGCGCUUCAUGCCGGUGUUCGAGAUGGUGCGGUCGGCGGGCAUGUGCACGCGGCGCUUGACCAUCUUGAGCAACAAGGGUACGAUGCAUUCGUUUGCGGUGCAGCUGCCCAGUGGGAGGUACUGUCGACGCGAAGAAAAGAUCUUCCAGCUGCUGCGAUUCUUCAACCGCAUUCUGGAGCGCAGGAAGGAGACGCGCAAGCGCGGAUUGGCGUUCCACGUGCCGCUGGCGCUGCCGCUCGCGCCGCAGGUGCGCCUGAUCGACCACGACUCGAGCUUCGUCAGUCUGCAGGACAUCUACGAGCGGCACUGCGAGGAGAUUGGCAUCGGCAAGGACGACCCCGUCAUUGCGUGGGUCGAAAAGAUGCGCUCCACCUGGGACGGUGGCAACCUUGCUACGGGUUCCGGCUCGGCCAGUGGGACACGCGGCAAUGUGGACUUUACCAACCUGCGCAUGGAUCUGAUGGAGGAGAUUUCGACCAAGUUUGUUCCGGACACGGUGUUGACGCGCUACAUGACACGGUCCAUGGCGACGUCGAGCGAUCUCUACAUGCUGCGCAAGCAAUUCGCGCUGCAGACCGCCGCUGCAUCGUUCGUCACCUACUGCCUCUUCAUCUCCAACCGCUUACCGAACCGGAUCCACAUCAGUCGGGCUUCGGGCCAGGUGGCCAUGUCGGACGUCGUACCCACGUUCAACCCCACCGCUCCGCAGUUCAAGUCGACCGACCCGACGCCCUUCCGCCUCUCGCCGAACUUGCAGCACUUUAUCGGGCCCGUGGCGAUCGAAGGCGUGCUGACGUCUUCGCUGAUUGCGUUGGCACGGACGCUGGUCGAGCCCGAGAGGGCCAUGGAGGAGUAUCUGGGCAUCUUUGUACGCGACGAGAUCAACUUUUGGCUGCAGGGGGCACAGCGUMAGGCGCAGGCGCAGGCGCAGGCCCAGGGAGCCGCGCCGACGCAGCUGCCUACCGAGGCGCCAAAGGAGGUGGUCAUGACCAAUGUGCUCGACAUCGUCAAGCGCGCCAAGCUGCUCAGCUGCGCCCACGAGCUCGAGAGGUCCAACAACACCGCGCCCGUCAGUGGCGUCGUGUUGGAUCUGAUCAAUUCGGCGUCCAACCCGUCCAAGUUGGCUUUGCAGGAUCCCACUUGGGCCCCCUGGCUCUAA